GAAUCUCUUAUCCUGAAUCUGCAUGGAUACUAUCUGUAGCUAGCUAACAGGUGGUUUUUUCGACUUUGAACAUCUUUAGAGACACCACCAUUUUUGUGUCCAGGAUAUCAUGGCUAGUUUCCGUCACCAUUUCAGUUCAAUGCACCUCGUAUGGAUGGCCUGCUUCCAUGUGUAUGUUCUUUGUGCCUUCGCUGAGCUUCAGCGAUUCGAGCAACCUACCAAGGAUGAUGGCUCAAUUAGCUUUUUGGUGGUUGGAGACUGGGGAAGAAAAGGAAAUUAUAAUCAAUCCAAUGUUGCAUUUCAGAUGGGAAGAAUAGGAGAAGAGUUGAGCAUUGAUUUCGUUGUUUCUACUGGAGACAACUUUUACGAGGACGGGUUGAGAAGCAUAAAUGACCCCGUGUUUGAGAAGUCAUUUAGCAAAAUCUAUACUGCAAAGAGCCUUCAAAAGCAGUGGUACAGUGUUUUGGGCAACCAUGACUACCGGGGAAAUGUCAAGGCUCAAUUAAGUCCGAGCCUGAGGAAUAUAGAAAGCCGAUGGAUUUGCCUGAGAUCUUUCAUUCUUAACGCAGAAAUUGUGGAAUUGUUCUUCAUCGACACCACUCCAUUUGUGGACAAGUACUUUCUGAAGCCAAAGCACCAUCGUUAUGAUUGGAGAGGAGUGAUGCCAAGGCAGCACUAUCUUUCUAACCUCUUGAAGGACUUGGAAUCAGCUUUGCAGGACUCCACCGCUGACUGGAAGAUUGUUGUCGGGCAUCAUACUAUCAGAAGUAUUGGCCAUCAUGGGGAAACGAAGGAGCUAAAGAAGCAACUUCUCCCGCUACUUGAGGCAAACAAUGUUGAAAUGUACAUAAAUGGGCAUGAUCAUUGCUUGGAACACAUAACCAGCAGCACAAGCCAAAUAAAAUCCAAUUUUUAACAAGUGGAGGUGGAUCGAAGGCAUGGAAAGGGGAUAUUGAUCAACUAAACAAAAGAGGAGCCAAGUUUUAUUAUGAUGGGCAAGGUUUCAUGUCCCUGGAACUAAGGCAGACACAUGUAAAGAUAGUAUUCUAUGAUGUUUUUGGCAAAGUUCUGUACAAUUUGAACCUGUUUAAGCAGCUCAACCCUGUCAUCUAGGACCACAUUAUGGAAAACAGGUGUUUUCCACUCUUCAUCAAAUAUAUAUUGCAGUGAUUAAUCAUUCUGUCGAUUUUGAAACAAAAACUUUUACAUCUUGGCUUUUCUAAGAAUGCAAGUAUGGAGA